GACUUCACAUUCGCAAGUAGAAAAGGCAAAACAAAAGGAGAGAAAAGAAGAAGAAGAAGAAGAGAGGUUUUAGUUAGGUGAGAUAGAAAAACACAUCAAAGAAAGAAAUGGGGGGAAUUUACGGGACAAUAGUGGAAUCAAUUGAGAAUUACACUGGGUUAUCACCAACAUCAUUCAUCAUACUAAUGGCGGUAUCAAUAAUAACAUACAAGAUAGUCUGCACCAUGUUUGUUGCAGUUGACGAUUACAAAUCCGUUGAAAAAAUGAAGGAAAUCUUCGAAGAAGACAUGAAAAGGGAGCCAGUUCAACUGGGUGAGGUAACAGAGGAGCAGCUCAAAGAAUACGAUGGUUCAGACCCAAAGAAGCCAUUGUUAAUGGCGAUUAAAGGAAACAUAUAUGAUGUUUCAAAGGGUAGGAUUUUUUACGGGCCGGGCGGGUCUUAUGCUAUGUUUGCUGGGAGAGAUGCGACCCGGGCUUUGGCCCUCAUGUCUUUUGAUCCCCAGGAUCUUACUGGUAAUAUGGAUGGUCUUAGUGAAUCUGAACUUGAUGUUCUUCAAGAUUGGGAACUUAAGUUUAUUGAGAAAUAUCCUAAAGUUGGUGUUUUAGUCAAGGAGGAGGAUUUAGAUUCUAAGAAAGCUGUUUAAGAGGGAUGUAAGAAUCUUUUUUUUGAUAUGUGAUAUUGAUUUCUGAUGUCUGAUUCAACUAGGUUUGAUGAAGAAGAAUGUAUUGAAAUUAUGGGUUUGAUGUAUUAGAAUGUAUUGACAUUGUCUGUCAUACUGUAUUAAUCUUGCAUCAGAAUGUGUUGUUUCCAAUUUUUCUGGAUUACUUGUUGACUUUUUAGUAGUUAGUAAUUGGUAUCAUAUAUAUGAAUAUAAGCAUUUUAAUGAG